AAUAUAAAAGUGUGGCCGAGUCCGGAGAAAGCACAUCGUUUCCCCAGCGUCUGACCGGAGUCUUGUGGAGCGCUGUCACCUCGGGUACCAUGAAUAAAAUCGUCCUGUACGACCAAGAGGACUUCCUCGGGGAGUCCAAGCAGUUUGUGAGGAAUGUGCCGGACCUGGCCUUGAAGAUGUUCAACGACACUGCCAAGUCGGCGCGGGUGGAGGGCCUGCACUGGGUCGCCUACAAGGAUGCCGACUACAAGGGCGAGUUCAUUAUCUUCGCGCCCGGCGACUAUACCACCCUGGGCCCUAAUUUCAGGUAUAAACUUAGCUCGCUGCGGCUGGUUGAAGAGGAGCUGUUGAACCCGGAGAUCGUUCUGUACGAGGAUGUGGACUACAAGGGCGAGCACCGCGGAGUCAAGAAGGAGGCUGAUAACCUGCAGAGAGCCGACUUUAAUAACCUGGUCUCGUCUCACCAGGUGAAGCAGGGCGUGUGGAUCCUCCAUCAAGGGUACAACCAGACCCGGGCGCGCCUCAUCACCUUCAAGGGCGACAAGUGGCGCAGCUACUUCGACUACGGAUGGAACGACAAACUCUCCUCGCUCCGCCCUCUGGAAAACAGCUACACUGAGGUCGGAGCCUCGCCCAGCGUGAGGCUCGAACAUACCUCAUGUGGGAUGUGAGCCUCGUCAAGCCGCCUCAGCUGCAACCUCUCCCCCCUUCCCGGCUCUUCCUCUCCUCCUUCCUCCGCUCGGGCCAGUAUCCCGUCGCUUUACAGCUCAUUUAAAGAACGAAAUAAAAUUCUGAUCUCAAUG